AUAGCAACGUACCUCCAAGACAACCAGCGACUGAUUUACUCGCGUCUUGAUAAGGAUUCCUGUGAUACGUUGUCUAGUAGCAAUAACUUCAUGCAAGAUAAUGCCCGGAAUUGCGAGUGCAACAGGACUCUUACAUGCACGCACUCGAUCAACCUAUCGACCUAAAUCGAAGCAUGUGGAGCUUACAGGUUUUACUAAGCCAGCCCCUUUUAUUCUUCGACCCUUUUCUGGUCUCUUCAAUCCUUAUCCUUAUGGUUGUUCUAUUUUAUGUAAUCAUCCAGCAGAUUGUGAAGCAAAAGAAGUUCUCCGAAGAGCGAAAGAUUCAUGGGCAACUGAAGGGAAAACUUUAUUAUUAACAGAAGAAAUAGAUAUGAUCAGAGCGAAUUUAAUAGCUGCAGGUAAUGCUGUCAAUAUAGGUUGUAACACUGGAAUUGAAAUUAUUAAUGAAGCUGCUACUGUUCCCGAGGAAUUAUUUCGAAAAUAUACCGAGACUGAUUCGAGACCUUUGUCUCCUGCACUUACACUCGCUAAUGGCCCUGCUUUGACAAAUAGACCAACUCAGGAAGAAUUUCCGGUGACUUGCAAGCAACGACAACGAACGACAUUAAUUCUAGAUCUUAGAACAAAUUCACGGAAGCAAAUGGAAAACGAAACAUUUACAUGGCAUGCCCUGACUUUAGAACCUCCACCAACUUAUCGAAAAACUGAAAUUUUUGUAUCUAAACCAAUUUUAAGAUGUAUGAGCAAACAUCAAACACAUUCUUCAAAUCUAGCGAUUGAUACUUCAAGUGUAGACAUCUUUGAUGAACCGAACUUCACUGAAAACAUGAUAGAGGAAAAAAUAGAAAAACCAAAAACAGAACUUACAGUCAUUCGUAGAAGAGGAAAGCGAUUACGUAAAGGGAAGUGCAGAAGGGGGUCAGGCUAUGGACAACAAGCAGAAGUACGUGAUUUAUUUGAACCACCUGAAACCCAAAUUUCCCAUAUCGGAGAUGGAUCUAGAAGAACAUCAAUUCAUACAAACAAUGGUGAUAUUGAAAACUUAGCAACUACUCCUAAAAAAACUUCUGCAAUAAGUAAUAUACCUUUAAUGAUGCUUCCUAGUUUCAUAGAUCCAGAUAUUUUAAAACAUUUAUGCAGAGAGUUGAAUCGUGACAAAGUGGAAGCAGAGUUUUCAGUUAGGAGAAAAAUCGCGUUAGAAGAAGCAUUGCGUGUAAAAGGUGAAAAUUACUUGCAUCCAAGACGAUCUCAGGUAUUUUUAAAUCCUGCAUUAAUAGAUACGCCACGAGUAUUUUCUCGCCAAGUGGCACGUUUUGAAAUUCUCGGAAGUCAAAGUUUACGUGGAUUAACAGUUUUGGAAUAUCUCAGCAAGUAUGUUUAUGUCUCACCUGGAAGGAAGUUGAUUUUUGGGAGAAUUUUCAACAAAUUUCAAGAAGAUACUGUACAAAGUACUAAAUACAUUUCACCAAAUGAUAUUCACAAAGCUCUUCAGGAUAUGAUUGGAAAGCCCAUAACUCAAGAGCAAAGAGUAUAUUUGGAAUGUAUGAUUGGUGAAAUUAAAGAGCCAUUGAAUUUCAGAACUUGGUGUGCUUUGUGUGCUGCAGUUGAACGAUUAUUAUGCCCUCUACCUUCAAAAAAAAUUGAUCCUGCUACAUGGCUUGAAAGAGUGGAUUUUGAAACUUUAGAACGAAGACUUAAAUUUGGUGUGGAUUCCAAGCUGGCUCAGUUUUUAAGGGAAAUUUGUGAAAAAUAAAACGUAAUAAUACUGUUUUGU